CUCUCUCUCUCUCUCUCUCUCUCUCUCUCUCCAACUCAACUUUCUCUCUAAAAAUCUCUUAAAAAUCAAAAAUUGCUGCUUUUUUCUUAUUUGGCUAAUUUUCCUCUUCUGCAACUAAACCUAAAAGCACACGCAAAUUCUCAAUAAGCCACAGCCAUUGGAUUAUGUCACAUUGCGUGAAUCUUCACCGUUGAGGCAAAGACCAGCAAUGCAGGAGAUAUUAUACCCUACGUGCAUAUCUAUUUUUCAGAUUUUCAAUAGAGCCAAUGGGCACAAGCGCAAUCAUCAAUUUCAUUGUUAUUAAAGAAACUGGGUUUUGACGGAAAUUAAAGGAUUAGAUUCAUAGUAUGUCUAAAUUGGUGGCCCGCACAGGUCGACAUCAGCAGCGCUACGAGGGCGGUUGUCGCCUUGUCGCUGGGUGUAUUCCAUUUAGAUAUAGAGAUUGUGUCGAAAAUGGUGAUGCUGAUUCUGACAAGGUUGUUGAGGUUCUUAUGAUCAACUCAACUAGUGGACCAGGUUUCUUGUUUCCAAAGGGAGGGUGGGAGAAUGAUGAAACUGUUGAAGAAGCUGCAGUGAGAGAAGCUAUUGAAGAAGCUGGAGUUCGAGGCGACCUAAUGGAUUUCAUAGGGAAUUACCACUUCAAGAGUAAAACACUCCAAGAUGAGUGUUGUCCAGAAGGUUUAUGCAAAGCUUCAAUGUUUGCUUUGUUAGUCAAGGAGGAGCUCGAGUCGUGGCCAGAACAGAGCACCAGAACAAGAAGUUGGUUGACUAUAUCUGAAGCAGUUGCGAAUUGCCGACAUAAAUGGAUGGAAGAGGCUCUGAACCAAUUCACAGUGUGGCUUGCAGAUAAGAUGUAAACCGCAGAUUAGGAUCGCACCCGAUCAAAGAUCGAUUUCCUGUGUGCAUAAAGAAAGAAAAGCUUUUGUUUUUUUUUUUUUUUUUUGGGUUACCCAAUGGAAGGA